AGAGUGGAAGCUCGUAGUUUGCCGGUUGGCGUCGCCAAGCCGGCCAUGAGUCGAUGAGUAGGCGGGCAAUUCAAUGUACCAGUGGCAGCAUGGCGGAGUCGCGUAUGCACAGGGCCCAAGGCCGGUUCCCAUUGUUCAACCUCCUUACGGCCAAUAUCCAGGAGCCUAUCCACAGCAACUGCCGCAGCAGCCGCACCACCAUCCGCAGCCACAGCCACAUCUGGCGCAGCAGCAGCCUCAACCGGAACGGCCUCCUCGACACAGCACUCAGCUGCGGGAGAUCUCGUUGGAGUACAGCUACGAGGAGCUGUCUGCCUCAACGCAGCAGUGGCACGAGUCUCAGCGCCUCGGCUCCGGCUCCUACGGCUCCGUCUUCAAGGGCGAGCUGGCGGACGGCUCGGAGGUGGCCAUCAAGGCGAUCGAUCUCAAAGCGCUGGGUGCGGAGAGCUCGGGAUUCGAGGAGGAGGUGCAGAUGCUGAGCAAGUUCCGGCAUCCGAAUUUGGUGACGCUUCUUGGCUGGGCCAAGCACAACUACAAGCGCUACCUCGUCUACGAGCUGCUGUCGGGCGGGGACUGCUUCCAGCGUUUGCAGAAGAGCAAGAAGGCUUCUGCCGGCUGCCCAUUCUUCUGGUUCGAACGCCUCAGCGUGUGCCUGGACGCAGCCGCAGGCCUGUCGCACAUGCACAACUCCAAGCCCAAGGCCUUCCACCGAGACAUCAAGUCGGCCAACAUCCUGCUGGACAGGCACGGCACGGCGAAGAUGGCUGAUUUUGGCCUGAGCUGCUCAGCGCGCUCAGACUCGCUCCACGUGACGGUGAGCAACAUUAGCGGCACCCCAGGUUACGCUUGCCCCCUCUACUCUCAGACGGGGCGCGUCACUGAGGGGAGCGAGAUCUACUCCUUCGGCAUGGUGAUCUUAGAGCUUCUCACGGGCCUGGCGCCUGCGACAGCAGACAAAACCAGGCCUGGGGGGAUCGCAUACCAGAUCGCCGAGGCGGUGGCACAGCACAGCCCCGGUGCGCUGGAUCGCUGCAUGGCGCACUUGGACGUGAACGCGGAGUGGCCUUCGGAGCUGGCCCGAGAGCUCGCGGAGCUGGCGCUGCGCGCCGUCUACGCCAAGGACGAGGGCCGGCCGCGGUUCAUCGAGCUGGUGCGCGCCCUGCGGAAGCUGAACGAGCGCUUCCCCAAGCCCUCCCAGCCCUCCACUUUUCACAUGCGGGCGGUGCCCCAAGUGCCGCAGCACUUGGUGAGCCCGGAGCAGGCGCAGCAGCCGCAGCCGCAGCAGCCGCAGCAGCCGCAGCAGCCGCAGCCGCAGCAGCCGGCGCCCGCCAAACCACAGCUGCAGCAGGCGGCAAACCCUCCGGUGCAGCCAAAGCCAGCUGCGCAGCCAGCGGCGCCGGCGCCUGCGCAGGCGCCUUCGCCACCAGCCCCCUCGCCGGAGGCCGUGGCCAGGCCGGCCAAGGUGCCGUCGCCGGUGGUGUUGCCGGCGCUGGCGCGGGCCAGCGCCACCUUCGGCCUGGAGUUCGUGUCCUCGGCGGCGUUCGCGGAGAGCGCGGAGCUGGCGGCGGAGCUGCGGUGCUUGUUCCUGGCGCCGCCGGACGACAGCCCUGGGAACUUCAGCUUUGCGGUGGGCCGGUCCCACCAACAGAAAGCCUUUGAGGCCUGGGUGCCAGACAUCGAGAAGCAGUGUUGCAUCUCCCGGACCGCCUUCGAGGUGGUUUGCGACAAGGUGGCAGGCGCCUCGCUGACGGUGAAGGGCUCCGGCCUGGUGACGUUGGACGGGCGCCCCGCGCCCAAAGAGGCCACCGCUGCGCUGCGGCCUGGGGCGCUCAUUGGCUUCGGCCUGGACACCGUGCUCACCCUCCGCUUUUUGCCGGACCCGUCCGCUGCUUCGGCCGCCUCGGCCGCUUCGGCCGCUUCGGCAAGCGGCUGUGGCUCGCCGAGCUCGCCACCGCCCAAGCGCACAGUGCGGCGGGCGGAGGAGGAGGAGGCGAUGCCAGAGUUGGACAGAAGCUCGCCCUCGAGAAGAGCCGGCUGGUCAGAAGAUGUCAAGCCAAAGGAGGAGAAAGAGGCCCAGCGCCUCUCGCCCAGCGCGGGGCGAGAGGCUCGGGCACACCGACCUACUGCGGUGGAUGGGGGAGAGGUGCAUUUGCUGACCUUGUCCCCGCCGCCUCGGAAGGUCUCCCGCGACGCCUCCUCCUCGCCCCGGGCGCUUCGGUCACCGAUGAGCGCGCAGGGCUUUGAUGAUAGGCUCGCUUCGAGCUCCAUGUUUCGACUGGAGCUGUCGGGGGACGGAGUGCUCGAGGUGCCUCUCAGCCGGCGGCGGAUCGGGCCGAUGUGCUUGCGCCAGCAGCCGGACUGCACACUGUUCGUGGGGCGGAAGCACCAGCCGGAGCUGCACAAGCAGGCGGUGGCGCCGGAGUGCCUGCGGUUCAUGAGCCGGGACCACUUCAGCAUCGCCUGGGAGGUGGGCUUCAGGAUACGGCCGCUCACCUCCAACCCCAUUUGGCGCUUGCGGCGCGGCGCCGCGAUCGAGCUGCAGCGGAACAGCUCGGAGGACCUCGUCUCAGGAGAUCGGAUCGCCCUUGGAACCGGCAGCGAUAACUCCCCGGACGCGGCGGUCCAAAGCCUUUGCUGGCUGUUCACUGUCGAAGGCACUGAGCUACAGGCAGAUGAGGGCUGUCGGACACCUCCGUCGCCCGGCGGCGCGGGGCCGCGGGUCUCCGAAGAGUGGGCCAUCCGAGUGGUGAGGAGCGCCAUGGAACGCCCGGUGAGCCCCGAGAGCCCUAUGAGCCCGGCUCGUGAGCGGCUCCUGUCUGAGGGCGGGCCAAAGGCAAAAUCCAAGAGUCGGUCGGGAUUGGGAGGUUGAGCUCGCGUCGAU